AUGAUAUGGUGCAUCUGGUUUCUAGUUAAGAAGUUCUACAAAAAUACCCAAAACUUGCCUCACCUGCCUCCAGGACCCAAAGGCCUGCCUUUUGUUGGGAACCUCCCUUUCCUUCAUCUUCAACUUCAAAAGUACUUCACCACACUUGCACAAACCUAUGGACCAAUCAUCUCCCUUCACCUAGGCUACAAGCUCGUCGUUAUCAUCUCAUCUCCCUCGUUAGCAAGUGAGAUUCUCAAGGAUCAAGACAUUAUGUUUGCCAAUCGUGAUGUCUCGAUUGCGGGUAAAGUAGGGUUUUAUGACGGUUCCGACAUCUUGUGGAGCCCGUAUGGUCCCGAAUGGCGAAUGCUACGGAGAGUUUGUGUACAAGAACUACUCAGCGGACCCAUGUUGGAUUCUACCUAUGUUCUCAGACAGAACGAGGUCCGAAGGAUGGUAAAUAACCUCUAUGUUCGGGGGAUGUCACUAGUGAAUGUUGGAGAAGAGGUAUUCAUAACAAUGAUUAGUUUAAUCACCAACAUGUUGUGUGGAGGAGGAGGUGGAAAUGAGGAGGAGAACAAGAGUCUAGUGAAUGGGUUAGGAUUAGUUGUGAAAGAGAUGAUUGUGUUGCUUGGAAAGCCGAAUAUUUCUGACUUCUUUCCAAGUUUAACGUAUUUUGAUUUGCAAGGUAUUGAGAAAGAGAUGAAGAGGUUGGUUCAGAAGUUUGAUAACAUUUUUGAAUUGAUGGUAAACGAACGGACACGUAAGGAUCAUGAAAAGAAUAAUAAACUUCGAAAGAAAGAUUUUUUGCAAUCUUUGUUGAAUAUAAGAGAUAUUGGAGAUGCUAAAACACCUCUAACUAUAACCCAAGCCAAAGCUCUAUUAAUGGAUAUGAUCGUUGGAGGGACUGGUACAACAUCAUACACAAUGGAAUUUGCAUUGGCCGAGAUGAUGAACAAUCCCCAAGUAAUGGAAAGAGCACAACAAGAAUUAGAAGUAGUGGUAGGUGCAAACAAUAUGGUUGUUGAAUCACACAUUCAUCAAUUACCUUAUUUGAAGGCAAUCAUGAAAGAGACCUUACGCUUACACCCGAUUGCGCCCCUCUUAGCACCACGCUGUCCUAGCGAGUCAUGUAUUGUUGGUGGUUAUUCAAUCCCCAAGGGUACUCGUGUUUGCGUUAACGUUUGGGCCAAUCACCGGGACCCUUUUAUUUGGGAAGACCCACUAAAAUUUGAUCCCAAGAGCUUUAUGGGAUCAAAAUGGGACUUUAAUGGAAAUGACUUUAAAUACUUUCCAUUUGGCUCUGGAAGGAGGAUCUGUGUGGGCAUCGAAUUAGCAGAAAGAAUGUUCGUGUUAAUGCUAGCCUCCCUAGUUCACGGGUUCGAGUGGAAGGUUUCCAACGAUGAAAAGCUAAAUUUAGAAGAGAAGUUUGGGAUUGGACUGAGGAAAAAGAAACCUCUUAUGGCAAUACCAACACCAAGGAUUUUCAAUCAAACUUUGUAUGAGUAA